AUGGCCCCGCACCAGAGGCUGCAACCCUGGGUCGUAUCUGGCUGCAAUGACUCAGAGUUGCCCAAGUCCUGGGGCCGCCCCCCAGGCCAACUCCAUGAUAACCCGCCCUGCAGGAUUGCCCCCAAAUGGUUGCGAGUCUGUCUGGGGGCGCCCUUGUGGGUGGCCCCAAGGCAUGGCGGCCAGAUGCAACUCAGGGUUGCAGCCUCCGGUGAAUGCCAUCAAGGGGCUUGA